UGUUCUCCUUGGGACUUAGUCGUUUCAGGCAGGUGUGGCAUAGGAGAGCACAGCAUACAUGUGUUCACAUGUGUGUGUACAGGUGUGUGUUGGAGUAUACAGAGAGACAUAACAGGAAAUAAAGUGGCUGCUCUCCGGAGGUGCCCAGAUGUCCUGUUGCCCAGCUAUAUGUUUCUCUGGUGUCCUCUCCCAGCCUGUUUUGCAUGCUUCUCUCUCAUUAUCUUCUCCUCUCCCCUUCCCCAUCCAUUUCUUCUUCUGAUAGCUAUUUUAUCUCCAAAUUUCCAGGCUCACUCAGAAUUGAAGUAUAAGGCCCACUUCACCAUCUGUGAUCAAUGACCAUUUUGGGAAGAGGGAAGAAGAGCGAGGGCAAGGAGUCUGGGGCAUCAAUUGAAACUGGAAGUCAGGGAGCUUGGGUGCUGGUCCUGGCCCUGCUGGUGUCUGACUUUCUCCCAGGCCCUGGGGCAGGGCUGGUCAUAUUGAGUGAAUGAACCAAAGUUUUUAGAAAUGACCUUGAUCCUCUUAGCAAGUAGUAGUCCCUCUUCUCCUCUUAGGCAUCUUUACCUGAUAGGGAUUUUUUUUUAAAACUUAACCAUCUGGCAUUUAAUCAAUACCUUUUACAUGGCCGGCACAUGUUAGGGGCCAGGAACAAAGAUACAAAUGACGAAGCGCUCUGUAAAGUUGCUUUACUUUACAGAGCACUCAAGGGCUAGUCUGACCUGUCAACACAUGUUGACAGCCCAGUGCAAUAAGUGUCUGGCAGAAACAGGCCCAAGGUGCUCUAACUCAGGUCAGGAGGACUGGGGAGCAUGUUGGGGAAGGCUUCCCUGAGGAGGCGACAUUUGAGCCGAGUGUGGAAGGUCUCGUAAAAGACAACAAAAUUGGUAUGUGUGUGUAGAGUGAAGCAGGGUGUUUCAGGCUAAAGGGAAGCCUGGGCAAAGGCAAGGAGAUAUGAAUCAGUGUGGCUAGUCGAGGGAACUAGAAGAAAUUCAAUAUAUGGCGAUCAUAUAGGAUAGGUUUUUGGGGUGGUGAGAGCUGAGACAGGAGGGACCAUGGGCCAUGCAAAGGUGUAUAAGUUUUAACCCCAGGACUUGUGCUUCUCAGAACUGACUGAGCCUCAAAAUCACUAGGGAGGUUUAUUAGAAAGCAGAUUCCUGGGCCUUACUCCAACCUAAGGAAUCAGAAUCUCCACAGGUGAGACCUCAGAAUCAACCUUUCAUUGGUGUCCCAGGAGAGUUGACACAGGCACAGGUCAGACUAGCCCUUGAGAAGUCGUGGGAGGGCUCUAAUCAGGAGAGAGGCAGGUUGCAUGGGAGGCAAUCCUAAUGCUCUCUGGAGCCUCUGCUGCAAAGAGACGAUGAGGCCUGAGUGAAGGCCCCUGGGACAGAGAGCAGCAUCCCCACUGGGUGCUCCUCAGAUGAUGUGUCCCAUGACCAAGAUAGGAACAACUAGAAAAUUCGACUUUACAGUUGGAGAAACUCCUUCAGGCAGUACAGUAGAAGGAUGGCAGAGGUGUCCCUCCCACCCCAUUCCCCAUCCUCCCAACCUGGCUAUAACAUGUGACCUUGAAGGACUGUUUCUCACCUGUUCCUUCAUCCUAAGUGAAAUCUGAUUUCCACAUCCCACAUGGCUCCUUAUUCAAGCUGAGUGUGCAGAGCACAUUGGGGGAAGGCGAGGAGGAGGAGUGAAGUUUAUGUUUCUAUCCAGGCUAAGUGAAAGGUGGCUUCUUGGGGUGGUAGGUUUCCCUAGUUGUUCAGAGGGAAGAGGAAGGCUAUGUGAUUGCUCCUUACCAUAUAUUUUUUGUGUAUUCCUCCUAGAUUUCUCUCCAAAACGUGGUAAUGAAAUGAAAAAGUCUGAUAUGUAAGGACAUAAGGUAGUUCCUCAGCCCAGAAACAUUCCAUGCUCGAGGGCUCAGGCCUGGUGUAGACAACCUUCUAGGGACUCCUCCUUCACAGGAUAGAGGCCAGGUUCCGCAUUCAGACCCUGUAGGCCCUCAACCAGGCCACAGCACUCUGCUCUGCAGCUGCAGCCCUCCCCUUGCCUUUCCCAGUUUAACUUUUACACUUGGCAACACAGAAACCAGGCAGUUUCACACCUCAUUGCCUGUGUUUAUGCUAAUCUUGCUGUCUGAAAUGCCUUCUCCCACUCCUCCCCCUUUGUCUGGCUAAUUCCUGCUCAUUCUUCAAGAUCUGCUCUCCGGGGUAAUACCCCCUCUCACCUGACACACGCCUCAAUCCAGCUGUUCCUGUGAGCUAACCACCACUACCACCACCCUAUGCUACCCUCAGUGGAAACACUUACAUAGAAAGUUUAUGUGCCUGCCAUUCCUCUGCCCUAACUUGACCAGAAAUUCCUCAAGGACAGGCUCUGCAGUGUUACGUUUCUUCUCCUCAGUGCCUGGCACAUAGUAGGAGCUCAAAAGAUAUUUGCUGAACCAAACAAUCCAGAUGAGCAAGAAGUGCCCUCAGACAUGUGAAUGUCAUGGUAACUUAAUAACGUUAUGAGAAUUUGGUUAUUUUAGGUCAGGUGGUAUUUUAAAGCCUCUAUGUAGAUAUGACACCUCAUUCCCCUAUAUUAAAUAUAAAACAACAAAUUUAAUGAGUAAACUGAAGUUGACUAUUUGCAUCUCAAAAAGCUGGGGGGCAGGUUUCCUUUAAACAUUAAACUUUUGCUGGAACUCUAAGAAACUUGCCUUACAGAUCAUUAACUUCUGGGGGAGGGGCGGGAGCAGGAGUAAUGGAGAGAUUACCUCUAAGAGUCUGAGUCCUGAAGAUGCCUCUGAAAGGAGGAAGUAAGGCAGAAGAUCUGGGAACCAGACAGGACCAGGUUCAGUUUCUGGCUCUACUAGCUCUGUGGUCCCAGUCAAGUCCCUUAAUCUCUCUGUACCUUGAUUUCCUUAUCCCUAAAGUGGGAAGACACUAUACCCACUUUGCCAAGUUCUUGUAAAAAUCUAAAAGAUCCUAGGUGGAAUAUACUUAGCUCUUAGGAGGUCCCUGAUAAUAGUAAUAGUACUGUUGUUGUUAGGUUUGACAUUGCACAUGGAAGACAGGACUGAUUUUACCUUAUGGCAGGAAUAGAGAAGGCAGAAAGGAACCAGAAAGGAAGGGCCAUACCAUCAUGGCUGGACUGCAUAUUUUGACUAUCACAGCACUUAACAACGUUUUUUAUUUUUUUUAACUAAAGCUUUUCAUGUUGAACAUGCAGAAUACUGGCAAUACACAUGCAGUGCAGUUGAUGUGAAAGUCUUGGACUCUAGAAGGCCUGUCACUUACUAGCUCUGUGACCUGGGGCAGAUCACCACAGUUUCCUCAUCUGUAGAAAAGAGACAAUAAAUAGUACUCAUAUCCUAAGGCUGCCAUAUGAGAUAAGGAAUGCAAUGUGCAUAGCAUAGUGUGGGUAUAUAGUACAUCCUCAUAAAUGGUGUGUUACUCUAUUGUGAAGUGAUCAGUACUAAUAAACAGUGGUAAGUGCCCUGUUGAAGAAAUUACUUGCUCUGGCAAUAUGUGGGAUGGGGGGGCGGGCGCGGAGGGGGAUUAACUGGAAGAACACUGGCCCUAGACUCUGGAGACCACUUGUCAUGAAAGCUUUGGGACCUUGGACCUGUACUUAAACAGACAGUUGUCCCUAAAUAAUCUCUCAGUUUCCUACAUUAGCCCAAGGCCAACCUACCACAGCUCCAUAAUAGCUGCUCGAAGGCCUGGGUGCUUUGGCCCUGCCCAGAUGCCCACCUCCUGCGGGGGAACUCCUACUCACUCAGGAGGCUGGCCUCCUCUGGAAACAUCUUUGGCCUCCACUCUGCACCUGCACUUCCCUCAUUGUGUGGUCCUUACUGUUGCUGUGCUGUGAUCUAGAUGGGGACCAUAGUACUGUGCAAGUGCAACUAGGAGAGCAGAGCUCGCUGGCUGCAGGAAAGAUGAAGGAGCACUUUUCCUUUGUAGAGAUUUUCAGAGUCUCCUGGGUCCUAACUCUUAUUAUUUCCCAUCCUUUGUGGGAAAAUAGGUUUGGAAAUAGAUGAGGCUCUGGCACCCCCCUCAGGGUGGAAAGAAAAAGAAAGCUCCACUGGUUUGGGCCACAGCUGCGGGGGAAGCCCUUUCCGGCUACUUCUUCCCAGGUCUGGAAAAAGCGACAAGGUAUCUUCAGGAGUCCUCAGUACCGUGAGACCCGGUCCCUACCCCAGGCGGCGGGCAAUGCAGGCACCAGGCUGUCCUCUUAACAGCACAGGAUGAGGGAACCCACCUCCAUCCACUCUGGCUACCUUCGCGUCUCUGGAAAACAAAUCAAUGACCUUGACCUUGGAGGAAGCGGCGCCCUAGACUGAUGGGGACGUUCCCUCAGAGAGGGCGGACGGCUCCACUGGAAAAGCUGUGUAAACAAAGGGCAUUCCUUAGCUUCCACCCGGAUGGCGGAGCCUCCGCCCCGCAACCCCCCCUCGCUCCCUCAGGCCCCGGGUAUAGAGUUACAUGCUUUCCCGCGAAGCUCGGGAAGAAAGGGCUGUUUUCUUAGCUUUUGCUCUGGUUGAGCCACAUCCCACAUCUGCACUCCUCGCAGCCCCUUACGUCCACUGCCCACUGCGAGGGGGUCAGUCCCGCUGAGUGCCCCGCAUCUCAAAGCAGGGCCCGGGCAUCGCUCCCGAACUCGGCCCGGGCCUCGCCUGUCCUCCCGCCCCUCUGACGUGUGUGAGGCGCUUGCUCCCUGGCCGCCGCCGCCGGAGAAGCAGCUCCCGGGGUUCGGGUGUCCGGCCGGCGGAGCGUACGGCGGCUGCAGCGGGUGCCGAGGGCCAGGGGGCCGGGCGGGGCAGGCCCCGCUGCUCCAGCUCCUUCCACUCCCCUCCUUUCUGCGCUCCGCUCCCGCUCUCCCAGUCGCGGCCCUGGAAGGCGCCAGACUUGGCCUCUUUCCCCUUAGUGGCACAGCCAUCAACUUAGUAGCUGAUGCCACUGCCUUCCCCGCCCGGCCCACUUCCUUUCGGGCUCAGAAGGAGGCCUCGGCCAGCCCCUGCCCAGGCCUGGGGCUGCCCACUGAGCUGAGAGCAGAUCCCGGCCCCAGGGCCUGGGAAGGAGAGGGGGCUAGAGGAGGGCUCGCCUGUCCGGGGAUGGAGGGGAUGGAGGAGGUGGCAGCCAAACCUGCCGGCGGCGGCCCUCAAGGGCCCAAAAUAGGGAGCAGAACAGCCAGCUCCAUGGAGGUGACCUCAGCUGUGGAGAUAUGUGACACUGAGCCACAGUCCAAUAAUGGACACUUCCUAAGACCCUGGCCCUACCCUCAGGAAGACAGAACACCCAGCCUGAUUGCCCCCUACCCUCCAAGGGUAUGGGAGAUACAGCUCCAAGGCCCUUCUGUGCUGGAGUCCAAGGUCAGGGCCUUGAAGGAAAAGAUGACAGCAGGCAAACAGGGGGCGAGCCCCUGCCUCACUGCCCAUGAGCGGCCAUCCCCCAAGAAACCCAAAUGCCGACGAGUCAAGGCAGGUGGAGCGAGGACUCUCUCUGAGGGAUCUCCUUUGCCAGAUGCUGUGGAGGUCCUCCAUGCUCAGAACCUGACCGAUCAGCAGCUGGACAGCAGUGUCAAUGAGGAGGAACCCUCCAGGAAUGGGAGUACCAGAUUCCCCAGGCCACCUGCCCUUGGGCUCGAGUGCUGGAAUGGGAGGAGCCCAUGGCCUCCAGAAGCAGCAUGGACACUGGCUGACCGGGAGCAGGGUCUGCUGCCAGGGCCUGGCUCUUUGCAAGAGCACUCCAUCCAUGGAGUCACUCCAGGCUGGCCUAUGGGCCCCGGACCUGGUAACAAAAUCACCCACUUGCUCAACCUGAGGAAAGGAAGGUCAUACCCAUUCGGGGAUGGUCUAGUUACAGGGGGAGACCUGGACAGCUUGUCUCUGACCUCUGAGGAGGAUUUUGUCCCCAGGCCAGCCCUGCUAGGGGGUCUCUGGAGAGCUGGAGACCUGGGGGAUCUGGACAUGGGGGGCAGCACCUUGCCUCUGUCUGACCGGGUGGAGAGGAACCGCCUUCUGCUUCAGGAGAUGCUAACUGUUGGGGGGCAGGGUAUCCCCAAGGUGGGAACCCCAGCCCGGACUCCAUCCUGGGACAGAACUGUACCAGAGCAACCAGCGGGGGAUGCGGACUGGGACUCGGGCAUCUCCCUGCAGGACUCGGACCAGAACAGGACCUUUGGACUCAAGCCGGAGUCUGUGCUGAGGAGCCCCAGGCAUGAGGAAGCCAAGCACCUGCUGCAGCGUGCCCGCAUGAAGGCCCGGACCCGGCCUCUUCGUGCCAGCCAUGAUAUCGUGCCCACCAUUGCCCAGGGCAGCCGAGAUGGCAGGAGAAGCCCAGCCCAAGACCGGAGGAUGCCCAUGGCCUACAGAGACAACCUCCGGAACGGGAGCACGAGUGACUCCUCCAGUGGGGAGUCCAGCAGUGGGCAGUGGCCAAAGCAGGGCCCCUCCCCGUCUCACGUCCGCUUUGAGGAUGAGUCUGCCCGAGAGGCUGAGACCCGCUACCUGCAGCGGCUGCAGCAGCGCCAGCGCCAGGUGCUGAGCUCUGCAUUGCAGACGGCGGACCAAGGCGCCCUGCGCUCCAAGCCUGAGAUUGCCGACUACAUCGCCGGGGCUCUCCGGCCCAAGGAUGGCGAUGAAGGGGCUCUGCACAGGCUAGGGGGCCACCUGGACCAGUGGACCCUCCUGGCACUGCCGCCCACAGUAGGCGGUGAGAGGACGUGCAGAGCCUGUGGCAGCCGCAUUGAGGACCAACACCUUGUCCGGGGGACAGCAACCCCUGACCCCAGAGUCCUCCAGGAGCACAAGUCUGCCUCUGGGCUGGAGCGGGUAUUGGCUGAGCCCUUUAGCUCUCGGGCCCUGAGUGCCCCCCUCAGGCUCUUCCCCGCUGAACAGGGGCUCCACUCCGAAUGGAUCCGGGAGACACACAUUGGAGACUCUGUGCACCCAGAGGAGGUGGACUCCGCCCUGGACAGCACAGACACCUCGGACAGCUGCAGGACUGACAGCGAGGAGGCUGGGACCUCUCAGCACAACAAGGCCCGCAGCCUGGCCCGAGGAAGCAGCCCCCGUCUGCGAGGCUGCAGGCCUCGAGGAGGCCACAGAGGGUUCCGGAAGGCUGACAUGGAGCUGCCCAGGAGCCCUCAGGCCCUGCACUACCUGCCUGGAGAUGAUCUUGCAGAAGUUUCAGAUGAGGCAAAAAGAGGCAGAGGAUGCAUGCCUGAGGGGACUCCGUUCUCCACAGAUGCUUUCUCUAAGCCUCCUGUGCAAGACUCUAAGAGGGUCUCCCUGGGGACCCAGGGGCAGCCAAGACCAGGACUGGGAAAUCACUGGUCUCACCCAGCGGAUUCCUGGGCUAUGUGCAGGACAGCCUGUGCCACGGCUUCGUUCAUGAAGCUGGCGUCCUCUGGGCCAAGCAGACGAGCCCAGGUUAGAGAGAGCCAUGAGCCUCUGGAAACUGUCUCUCUGCAUCACAGCCAGGCUGAGCCCUCUGCCCCCCACCAGGCCCAGCAGCCAACCACUUCCCUCUCCCCCGAAGGCUGGGUGCCAGCUCCUCCCUCUUCCAGGAAAACUACCUCACCUGGGUCUCACAGGAAGGCAGUCCUGGCUGGGCCGCACAGGCUGGGUGACCAGGGUGAGCCUGGAGACACCCCCCUGCCUCAUUCAAGAAGUGCAGAUCCCAGGACCUGUGAGCUCACCCCAUUACAAAACCAGCCCUGCAGCCCUCAAGCCAGGGACCCACUGCUGGCCCCGCCCACCAACGACUACAACAACAGCAGACCUGGGGGGCUGCAGGAGCCCUGGGGAGAUGCCAUCGACGAGGGCAGGGUGGAGAAAAGCACCCGCUGCCAGGAACCCACAGUGCCCCUGGAGAACUGCAGAGAUGGAGGACUCCCAGACUUUCUCAGCUCUGCAGGUGUUGGUACCAUCAGCUCCAUGGGUGUCACCCUCUCCUUGGCCUCAGAGGAGCCAGAGUCUAGCCAGGAACCAGAGGGAGGCCGGCAGAGGACAGAGUCAAGUUCCAAAGGGCCUGUGUCAUCCCGAGCACUACUGGGGGCCAGUGCAAGACCCAGCUCACCCUCAGCUGCCCCUUCUGACAGGAGCAAGAAAAGCAACAGCAGCAUCGCCUCCACACUGGGGCUGAAAAAGUUCUUCCUGGCCCUGGGCCAGGGCACGCGGCCCAAGUUUGGCAAGUCCCGCAGCUACAGUGUGGAGCAGCUGCAGCCCCCUGUACCUGGCCCAGCCUCACACGCCAGCACCUUCGAAGUGAAGAGAGCCCCAUCAUUACAAUCCCUGCAUCUGGUGUCACCCUCUCACCAACAUCGGAAAGCUGCCUCCCUUCAGAACCUUCAUUCUCUGCUGAGCAGCAAGGUGGACCGGUCCAGCCUCUACCUGGUAGGGGAGCCAGGGGAUCACAGUGCAGCUGGCAGGUUAGCCAGGGCCCCGCCCCGGCGCGCCCUCAGCGUGGAAGAUGUGGGUGCCCCCAGCCUGGCUCGCACAGUGGGCCGCGUGGUGCAGGUGUUCCCAGAUGGCACCAGCCAGCUGCAGCUACAGCGCUCCCCGGAGGGCACCUUUGGCUUCUGCGUGGCCUCUGGGGACGGGCGCCGGGACUCAGGGUUCUACGUGCAGGAGAUGGCUGACGCGAGCACAGCCAAGCUAUACUCAGGGCUGCUGGGGGUGGGGGAUGAGAUCCUCGAGGUGAACGGAGCCAAGGUUGCUGGGCUGGGCUUGGCUCAUGUUAAGGAGCUCCUGGCCCACGAAGAGAGCUUAUCACUCCGUGUGCUGAGGCAGAGGCCUGUCCCACGGUGACUCAGAGGUGCUUUGGCUUUCACUGUCACCCCCUGGAAAGCCAUGAACCACCCCAGGAGGGAUGAUUGAGAAUGCACUGCACAAAGCUGCUUGUAAGAGCUAGGUGGCAAGUAAUACUCUGGGCUGUGACCCAGCUGUGGCCUAGGGAGAAGAAAGGAGUCUGUGUGUUUUGUUUAAGGAUAUUAAUUUAUGCAGAACUAGGGGAAAAAAUAUGGGUGUCCCUGCCCGAGAUGGUGUCAACAGCUUCCUGCACCUUUGUUGGCAGGGAGAGGAGAGAGAUUCAGCGGGUCUCUCUGAUGGUCCCUGAGCCUCAGUCGCCUCACCCCCACAUCCCAUUCCACUCCUUGUCAAGGCCUCCUGCAACUUUCUGUACUCCAUCCAGAACCAAAGAAAGUGCUGGGCCACACUGGCUUGGAGUCUGCCUUUUUCAGUCUCAUUUCUCCCAGCUCCUAUUUGACACUUUUGCUCUCUUUUCAGAAAUGAGUGAAGUGUCUUAUAAUAACAGCCUUACAGCCAUUGACCACAUAUUCCAAACCAAAAAUUGGAACAUGUGAUCUGGUAUGAGAACAUCUAGGAGAUAUUAUUUGGUAGCCAGAAUAUUAAGAAUUUAUGGGAUAUAGAAGGUUGAGGGAAAAAAUGAAACCAAUUUCAGGAAAGUGUAGGUGUGGCCAGUGAGAUUAGCCAGGCCAGGCUUGUCCCCAUUGCUCUGCCCUCUGCCUCUACCCAGAACAAGGCUGGAGCUACCAGAGCCUGGCCAUGAAGGCAUGUCUUCCCUUUUCUGUUGAGCUGGGACACUGGGCUACAGCUGAUGUCAGGCUGUCUCCAGCUACAAGCUCUCUAUUCAGACUCCCCGAUGGCACCUGUGGGUGGGCUGGCCAGCAGGGAGAUGGCAGGGUACAGGCUGAGGGGAUGGGCUGUCCCACCUGGCUGCUUUCCCUCUCUAGGCCUGAACACUGCCCAAAAGGUUAGGACUCUCUGGAAGUGGAUGGCUGUGUGUCAGUCUUAAAUUAUUAAAAAGCAAAGAUGAAGCUGAAUCUUCUCCAAUCCUGAGUUAUUAUAUUCUGGGCUGGAUGCUCACUUGACCUUCACUAGCUGUGGGUCCUAGGGUGGGGUAGGAGGAGGGAGGACAAAGGCACAGCAGUGGGCUGUGUUGGACAUGCCAGAGGGGAAGGCUGAGGAGGCACCCAGGACAGCCAGGGUCAAUGUAGUAGCCUCCAGAGUUAGUAAUCGGGCUGGGAGAGGAGCCCUGGGCAAGGUGCAUUUAUGAGCAGGAGACUGAAGCUAAGGGGCCUUGAGUAGGUGCAACUGGCAGGUGAAGUGGGCAGCUCAAGUCUGUUUUAGAGCUUGGCUGGGUGCAGGCUGUGGUUAAAAAAACAAACACAGCCUUCAGAAUCAGGUUAAAAUGAGUGUUGCUGCAGCUUUCAGGGUCAAAGUUACUGAAGGAGACAUGUGGCCCGAGGGAAGGGCAAUGGAGAGGGGACGGCUAUCCUGUGGAGUGUGUGUUCUCUCAUUUUAGGGUCUUGUCUGCAGGAGCCAAUUAAAACCCCUCUUUACUGCCAGUGGAGGCUAGUAGAUGAGGCGCACGGCAGGGGCAGGAUGGGAAGGCUGAGCCAACCUGGGAUGGGGGAUAAAGAAGAAUGGGAGGCUCUAGGAGGUGAGCAGUGGGCCAAGGAAAUAAGUACUCAGGCCUUCAGGGUGUGAAGAGGGUUCUGGGAUAUCUCACAGACCAACCUAGGGUUCCUGAAGCACAGAAAGAGCCCCACAGCAGCAAACUACAGGCAUAGGGAACCACUGGUGACUACUACUCCUAAUUCCUGACCUUGAGGUGUUGACCCAAUAAGAAGUAUACCUUGAAAAAAGAUUUUGUGGUUCACAAGGCCCAAAUUCACAAUCAGAGGCUAGCAGCUAUUGUUUAUAGGCCUCUCCUGCACUCUACAUAUCAGGGAAAAGCUGAAGGCUAAGGUGCCGAGACUCCUGCAGUAUGUUCCUUCAGGGAGGGAAGGCACUCUGGACUGUGUGUGAAGUAAACCUUAUAAACAGAUUCCUGGAAUCCUGUAUCAACCAAUGGGCAGAGACCUGCCCCAUUCAAUGGGAAUGGCACAGCUGUAGUCUAAUUUGCAUACUUACUGACUAAUCAGAACAGUUCCAUAAUGACCAAUCAGAACGUGCAAUUCUGACCAAUCGGGACAGUGCUAUUUGGACCAAUCAGACUGUGCAAACUUGGAUUCCUCAUUUACAUAGAAAUAGACCAAUCAGAGACUAGGGUGGGGACCUUUUUCUAUAAAAGGUGGACUCCUGAUAUUUUUUUCCUCAGCUGGGCCCACUUUGUGUGUCAGUGGGAGGCUGUUUCGGUGGUUUGCAACUGUUCAUUUGUAUUAAGUUUGUCUGUGUAGUCUUGCUAACGUUAGGUUGGUGGCAGCAAAUUUGUUGACAGGGGUCUUGAAACUUUAGGGAAAUUUAUGUUAAAAGAGCUUCUAGGGGUAAAAGGCACCUCUGUUUUCUCAGUAUAGUGAGGACUAGGUACCCUUGCAGCCUCAGCUGGGAAGGAAUGGAAAUGGAGUUGCUCAGACUAGGACGGAACGGGAAGGUCUCUAAGCAUCUGCAUUUAUUACCUUCCAGGUACAAGGUCAGGCUCUUGAAGUGUUUUUAUUUAGUCCUUAAAGUAGUCCUACCAGGCAUAUCAUGUUUAUUAGCUUCAUUUGUACCAGUAGAGAACCAAGUUCAGCAACAAUAAUGGCAUUCUGACCUGCUCCUGUCACUCAGGACCUACUCAGGACCUACUCUUUCUACUAGGGCCUCCACACAAUGCAGGGUGUCGGGGGGAAGCCUGGCUAGAAGGGCAUGA